UCAAUAGAUGAAGAACUGAGUGUCGUUUUCCUGUACAGUUUCACACAGACAUAUUCAGAACAGUAGCUUGUUAUGGAGAUGGGGUCAAAUGUGGGCACAAUAUAAAAAUAAAUUAUUUUCUUCCUCCUGUUCGGAAUUUCCAUAUAAUGUUACUCAUUAUGAAAUAUAAUUUACCAACGGUGCUCUUCUACAUAAUUUUAACAUGUAAUGGAACAGUAACUUGAAAAAUCAAUAGAUUGUACGGGACGAGCCGUUUAUACCCUGCUUCGUCGCUAGUUUAGACUUUACAGCCAGAGUCGCCGGGAGCAUGUGGUUACCAGUCCUUUUUAUUUUGGAACUCUUUCAUAUUGGAGAUAGUUACAUCGUAUCGGAUGAGGAACAACCAGUUUGUCCGUUUGUGGAAUGUCAGAACGGGGGACGACUUGACCAGACGACCUGUCAGUGUGAUUGUCCACCAAAGUACUAUGGGUUCUUCUGUCAGAACGAUUACGACAGAAGUCUGUGGCCCGGUGGGACCUAUGCCCUCCCCACUUCAAUAUUCGGCUGUCCUGAGACCGAGGCUAAAGGUUGGUCAACAUCCUAUGUCAACCUUACCCUCCCCGAGUCCUCAAAACAGCAGGAGUGGAAUAUGAAGAACCCAGAACUAAAGACCGACGUCAUCGAGCCGAACAUCCUAGGGCCCUACCAUUACCGCGCCCUGCAGAUGAAUUUCUGUGUGAAAAUGCCGACCUACUUCGAGGAUAAAGAAGGCAAUGCGACAUCCACUGAAUGGCCGAGAGGACAAUAUUGCAUAUACAGUUUCAAUGAGACGUGUCCAUCAGACUUUACCAACGGUACCUUGACAAUUAAGGGAUACCAGUUUACUGAACAGGACAUAGGGGGUCAAAUUCCGGGGAACAAGGGACAAAACCAGACACUUCUACUCCAGUUCUGCUGUAGAGAAGAUGGGAACCAUUCGACACCAAUUCAGCUUCCCAAAGAAUUCCCUUUCAUCAUGUUUCAGAGUCAAUCCGCUGACGGUUGUCAGAAGGUAGAGUCAAUGGCGUCACAAAGGGAUAUCUUUUAUAUGACCAAUGAGAACCAGGACUGGGAGUAUAAAGGGGCGUUACCGAUGUUUGACACAACAACACUGAAUAACUCCGUGGGCGUGCCAUAUUGCUACUAUGUACCAUAUGAGCGUCGGGAGUGUUACUACGAGUCUGACAUCGGAAAUUCUUAUAAUGGCCGCGCCAACGUCACGGCUUCCGGGAGAGGAUGUUUACCAUGGGCAGGAUCAACGGAACCAUUCUACAAAAACACCCGCAAGGCGUACCACGAGUUUGAGAGUAAUUACUGCCGGGCGUAUGAGUAUUAUUCGUAUAAAUCAAGAGAACCCCUGUGCCUGGUAGAGUAUCCGUCCGUAAAAGAAAGAUGUGGGGUUCUCAAAUGCGUCGAAGAUAAGGAUUUGAAAGAAUUUGGAAAAUUUAAACCUUACCGAAGCGUUCCGUCGUACGACGGUCGGAAGCCUGAAUAUGCAGUUGACGGUUCUAUAGAUACAUUUAAUUCCCUGGUCACAGAGCGGCCAAUGCUGAAGCCCUGGUAUCAAAUCAAUCUGGAGGAGUUUGUAGAGGUCCAUGCUAUUCUCAUCUAUCGCCAAGCCACUUACUUUCCAAAUAACGUGCGCUAUUUUGGAACAUACGUCAGCAAGGAUCCAUGGGACUUUAUGAACUAUGGCGCCGUGCGUUGUGACGACCUCCGAUUUCCGGGAUUCUCCAUGGUGUUCCGGUACCAAUGUAAACGUCCCGUGAUUGGUCAGUAUGUCACGAUCCGGAACUUCGACUUUACUCACCCAAGAAGUAAUCCGGGAAAAUUUUUUCGGAUGGAAAUAAACGAGAUUGUGAUUCUCGGAAAAUCUACCAGCUGUGGAAGACCUUUGGGCCUGGCCUCGGGUAAUAUCUACGACUACCAGCUCGGCGCUUCUUCGGGCUACGCGGAGGGAUCUGACGUUGAAUCUAUGGCGCUGUCUCACCGAGGGCGAUUAUAUAAUGCGAACCCUGGCUGGUGCUCAUACCCAAAUAAACAGCCGUCGUGGUUUCUAAUUGACCUGAUUGUCCCAACGAGUGUACAAGGAGUAGUCGUGCAGGGCUGGACUUCCGGGAAGGAAUCAAAGUACAUCCGGUCCUUCCAGGUGUCUUACGGGACCGGUAGACUGUCAAUGAGUCUGUAUGAGGAUAUCCCGGGGACCGUUAAGACGUUUGUCAUCGAUACCAGCGCUGCAGUGAUUACACCACAGACGUUUGUAUUUCAUCGUGAAAUCCUGGCCCGUUACAUUAAAAUAAUUCCUGAUACAACCAACGGGCAACAAGCAUGUCUGAAGGCGGAAGUCAUUGGCUGCCAAAAACAACUACAGAGAGACAUGCGGUGUAAAAACACAAGCCUUGAUUUCGGGUUCGAGGAGCUGAAACGGUUUUCCUUUUGGCUUGAGGGUGCCACUUUCUCCGUGACCAACAUCACGACGAUCCAAGGCUGUAGACGGUUCUGCCUGGCCACUGGCUGUACGUCCCUCUACUUCACCGAGUACUCCGACUCUCAUACCUGCUCCCUGAAUACCGGUGACCGGUACCACCCCACAAGGCAGCCCGCCUGGGUACUGACCGGGUCCAGUCUUAACUACGCUUCCCAUCGUCUGUGUUUUAGUGGCGUGAUGGAACUAAAUCGCUGUAACUUCUUUAUAAAUCUGACUAAGGAGGGCGAGGCUGUCAUUAGGUCCCCCGGAUUUCCAUUCAGAUACGGACAGGGCCUGAACUGUACAUGGACAAUUGACGCAGGAACCUCUAACUUUGUUAAACUAGAAAUUGUUUACCUAAACCUGGCCAAAUCAACAACUGAAAUAGAAUUGAAGGAGUUAGGAAUAUUUGAUGUUAACCCCGGGAAAUGCAGAGACAGCAUUAUUUUUAAAGACAAUUCGGACACCAUCCAAAUUACAGCAGAGACACAGCGUGAUUUCAGAGAUUCCAUCAUCAUCACAACAGGACCAACCCUGUCAAUAACGCUGCAAACUUGCUUUCAAUAUGCAAAAUGGGAUCAAGAAAACAUACUUGAAGUAAAAGCUUUUAGAGCGGAAAAACCAGGGUGUGGGAUGUCUAAAUCAGGGUGCACAAUGAGAUGUCAGGUGCCCUCGGCCUACAUUGCGACGGAUCGCUAUCCUUCACCGUAUCAGCCGGGGGAAAGGUGUAUUUGGAGAAUUGACGGCAAGUUCGGACAAUAUGUGCAACUAAACAUACUGAGCAUUGACGUCAUUAAUGGCGGAACGUCGUGCGCCAGUUCAUACAUAGCUGUGUACGAUAUCGAUUUGAGCAACAAGGAGAGACUUCUUGGGAGAUACUGCAAGGAAAACAGGCCAUACAGUAUCAUCUCUUCAAAAUGGCAUCAAAUGAGGGUUGAAUUCCGUGCAGCCACUGAUCAGAAGCAGGGCCAGGGGUUUCUGGCAGAGUAUUCAUUCGUUGAUUUUACCCAGACAUUGUCUUCUUGGACCCACGAAGAUUGUCCUGUGGGUUGGCGCUACAACAACCAUAGUUGCUACAAUAUAUUCACCAGUGAGGUUGGAAUCACGUGGCCGGAAGCGAAUCGAAAAUGUAUCAAACAAAAUGGCAGCCUCGUCAGUAUAGCCUCAAAACAGGAGCUGGAAUUCAUUCACUCUCUCGUGACCAACAAUUUAAACGACAUCAUAGAUAAGAAAAUGUUCAUUGGUCUUCGAAAGGUAUAUACAGAACAUAAGAAUGAAUUACAGUUUGUAUGGUCUGAUGGAAACCCACUUACAUUCACAGCCUGGUAUCGUGAUGACGUCAUCAUGGAUCGACAGCCUAACGGCGUCUACAAUGAGAAGUGCACAAGCAUCAACUUCUUCAGUAUUUAUUCCAUGAAUGAUUGGCAUGACACGGCAUGUGCCUAUGAUAAAAUAAGAAGUUACAUGUGUGAAAUAGACAUCAAUUAUACAAAAGAGAAUAUAAGUAGAAUCAACUGGUGGAACAAUGGGUCUGCCAUGGAAGCGUCUGCUGAUGACGUCAUAUUUACUUGCGAUAACAUGGAGCACAUUAAUACGCUGUUUGUAUGUGAUGGAAUAAAGGAUUGUAGUGACGGCUCAGACGAAGCUAAUUGCAGUGCCCAUUGUACAGACGCACAGUUCCGGUGUGGUGACGGCGGCUGUAUCUCCCUAAGUCUACUCUGUGACUUUGUUGCCCACUGUGUGGAUGGUUCAGAUGAAUCCAGCUGUAUCAGACAGCCCUGUAAUGAGAGUCAGUGGGAGUGUUCUAGCGGUCAGUGUAUCCCCGCCGUGUACCGCUGUGACAUGAAGCCAGAUUGCGUCGACGGAAGCGAUGAACAGUUUUGUGAGAGUUGUGAAAAUGGCUUCGAAUGCUACGACCAAACCUGCAUUCAUCGUUCCAAGGUUUGUGAUGGCUUCAUCGACUGCAAUGGAUUCUUUGCGGAAGAUGAAUCCCAAAGCUGUGAAAACAACGUCCGGAAGUCAUGUAAAGACUGGUGGAGUCUUGGAAGGCGGGAAAAUGGAGAAUAUCUUGUCAGCCUUGGUCUGGGUGGUGGCAACCAAGCCAAGGUGGAGUGUAGAUUUCACUUAUCUGAGCACAGUGUGACCGUACAGACUAUUUUCCAUCACGAUCAGGAAGAUACCGUGGUCGUUAGGUUGGAGACGAUAGACACAGAUCUGCAAUACACGGCCACAGACGAACAGAUCUCUAACCUCAAACAGGUGAACACGUGUAGCCAGUCUAUCGAGGCACGCUGCCAUUACACGCACUUCAAUAAGGACAUCAUGUGGACGGGGGAUAAAGGCACAGAGUUCCACUCCACAGUCGGGGAACAAACGGAAGGCUGCUCAUGCCCCUUCGUCAACAAAUGCGAAGAAGGCAAAACUACUUGUAACUGUAACUCAACACUUGGAGGAUGGUACCGUGCUGAAUUCACGGAGGUGCGAGAAGAUGUCGGUGUGAUAACUGACCACUCUGUUCUACCAAUCAGAAGCCUUUAUAUCGUCCGUCCUGGCGAUGAGCCGUUCGUCAAGUUGAAUGUUGGACCUUUAGUCUGCUCUGAGGAAACUGAUGCAGUAAAUGUGGACUUUCUUUGUCGGUCUGGAAAGAUUGUUCCGAUAGCACAGCGCUGUAUUCUUGACUAUGAUGUGUAUGGUGACGUCACAGGAUGUCGAGACCUGUCUCAUCUGGACGAUUGUGAAGUCUGUGAAUGUCCGAUGGGAUUCUUGAAAUGUCCCAAUAGCUUCUGUAUACCUCCGCGAUUGAUAUGUGAUGGUCAAAAGCAUUGUGAACACGGUGUAGAUGAAUUGCUGUGUGAUGCAUGCCCAGGUCUGUAUAGAUGCAGGAAUAGUACCAUUUGCCUUGAUCCAAGUAAACUAUGUGAUGCCGUUCCCCACUGUCCGUACCACGACGACGAACUGUUGUGCAACAUUGAGUACCCAGAAGAAUGUCAGUGUCACGGUCUCUCUUGCGUUUGCAGAAACAUAAAUGGCACAAGUCUAAUUAAGCUUCCAAAAGAACUCCGGACUCUAAACUUGAGUGAAAAUGACUUCAGUCAUGAUUUACCAAGUUUGAAACACAUGCUUAAUUUAGUUAUAUUGAAUCUUACUAACUGCGGACUGAAUUCAUUAAAAUCCUAUUCCUUUGUUAAUCAAAAGAACCUCUUAGAAUUAGAUCUGAGGAAUAACAGAAUAAUAAAUAUAUAUCCAUAUGCAUUUACCGGAUUAGAAUUCUUGAAAACUUUGAACCUGGAAGGAAAUAAACUUUUAACGAGAAUAUCAGACCUGGCUUUUGUAGGAUUACACAAAUUGCCGAGGAUUGUCAUCACGAAUUCCGGUUUGCAAAACAUUGUAAAAGAUACAUUGGUAGGACUUGUCAGGGUCAGCCAUUUAAAUCUUUCUGCAAAUGACAUCCGUUUUAUUUCGGAUUAUGCAUUUUACAAUCUGUCUGAGUUAACUGUUCUGGAUUUGAGAAGAAACAAAAUUGAACAGUUUUCCUCCAAAAUCUUUUUUGGCCUAUCUAAGCUCAAGAAAUUAUAUACCGAUUCGUAUGCCUUUUGUUGUUUGAAACCAUCGUCUGUGCAAGAAUGCUUGCCCCAUCCUAACGAGUUUUCGUCGUGUGACGAUUUGAUGAAAAACGACGUGUUGUCUGCGUUCCUGUGGAUCAUUGGAUUCAGCUCCUUGUUGGGAAAUCUUGGUGUCUUCGUCUUCAAGGUAUUUUUCGACACUGACACUCUGAAGAAGGGACAUGGCAUCUUCAUCACCAAUUUAAGUUUAUCUGACUUUCUGAUGGGCGUCUACCUAAUUAUCAUAGCUUCGGCGGACGAACAUUAUCAAGGGCGCUAUGUUUGGAACGAUCUUCUCUGGAGACGCAGUGUGACUUGUAGAAUAGCUGGUAUGCUCGCAACUGUUUCCAGUGAAACUUCCGUCUUCUUGUUAUGUCUUAUAACGCUAGAUCGCCUGAUUGCAGUCAAGUUCCCUUUCGGCCAGUUUAGGUUCACGAGAGGCAAGGCUCUGAUUUGUGUGGCAGUAGUUUGGAGUAUCACCAUUUGGUUAGCUGUUAUUCCUUUGAUCCCAGGAAGUUACUUUCAAGGAGAAUUCUAUUCCCGCUCCGUGGUGUGUCUUGCUUUGCCCCUCACGAGAGAUCGGCCCGCUGGAUGGGAAUAUUCUGCAGCGGUAUUCAUUAUUCUGAAUUUCCUGUUGUUUAUGACUAUUGCUCUGGGACAGUGUUUGAUAUACAGGGAAAUAUCACAAACUUCAUCAAGUGUCAAAUCCACCAGAAGAAAUCAGGACAUGGCCAUUGCACGAGGCCUAUUCCUUGUGGUCCUCUCAGACUUCCUAUGCUGGUUUCCUAUUGGAAUUAUGGGAUUGCUUGCUAUAAGUGGCCAAGUCAUAUCGGGAGAAGUGUAUGCUUGGGUUGCUGUCUUCAUUCUUCCGAUUAACUCCGCCCUAAACCCCUUCCUAUAUACAUUUGCUAAUUUGAGAAAGAAGGUGGAAACGAGAUUCUCGUCCAAAAAAUCCACCAAUACUCGCUCAACAUCGGACACUUUCACAGACCUUUGUGACAGCGAGUCCUUCAUCAUCGGUAAACACGCCCCUCUGUUUAUGAACCUAGCGGACCGUAUGAAGACCCACCCCCUCACCGUGGACGAGAUGAAGUUAGUGGUGCUGCGACUGGCAGAGGCGAUGAAGUUCCUCCACCAACGGGACAUCGUCCACGGGUGUCUGGACACCAGUCUGGUCUCAGUGGACAUCGUGGACGGGAAAAUAAAAGAUCUUGCGGUAAAAAUUGUACCAAAAAAAGCCGUAGAAGACGAGGAUAUCCCUAACGACAUCAAACAGCUAGGGGAGCUAACCCAGACUUUGUUAAAGAACUACAAAAGAGACUCGGUGGAAACUUGUAAUACCUCCACUGAAUAAUGGGAAAGCUCCAUGCAGGACCGCAAGAUAUUUUCAUGUGGAUGAUACGUAAACAAUGUACUAUUUUACCAUCAAAAGCACUUCUCUUUUAGUUGAUGCAUGUUAUUAUUAUAAUGUAGGCUAUGUAAAUUGUACCAUUGCUUUGAUGAGAGUAAUCUUGGAACUCUUCUUUAUAAUAUUUAAACACAUUGUGUCUUAAGUUUGAAUAAAUGUCCAAAUUUGAAAAUU